CAGUCUUCUAAUACUUACACACCAUGGAUCAAGGAUACUUCGAAAAUUAUAUACCACCCCGAUCAGAUGAGGUGGAUGACAUAUCCUGGCUUUCGGAAUUCGUUGCCACUGAUAACGCCACAAGCACCGAAAAUUGGCUGGACGAAUUCCCUCAAUUUUCACCAGUCUCGAUUUCUAACAAUGCGAGUACCGGCCCACUUGAGUAUGACUUCACCGAUCUUGGAAUGCUGGCCACUCCGGACGAUCAUACAACAAAUACGGUAGUGCCUGAUAUGGCAGCGCCUCUAUCAGUACUACUCCAGCAGGUCGAACAGGAACGCAAGCUCGAGACCGUACAACAAAAAAGGGCGCUUCCCCGCAAACGGAGCACAUAUUUCAAACGCCAUUCAUGGAAGUCGUCCAGUCCUCUACCGAUCCGGACACCGGACAAUGGUGAUGGUGCAACACAGUCUCUAGCAAUGCAAAGAUGGCAAGAUUCUCCACCGCAAAAUGAAGCUGCUUCUCUAUCUGCUAUCUGCAACGCGCUAGAAAACCCUGUGAGAACUGGUACUCCCAGCAGCCCGUGGAUGUCCAAUCUCGACGCCUUUCGCACAUAUCGAACACCACCCUCAUUGACCAGUGUCGCGAGCAGUGUAUCCUCUAGACAUUCGGCGGGCUCAAGUCAUUCGGCGGCGUCUGGAGCAUCGAAACGUUCUCGCAUCGCAAAGAAAACAAGGAAGCCAAGGACCAUCCGGAAAGAUGCUAAUCCUGAAGAUCGCAUCUUCAAAUGCACUUUUUGUUGUGACACAUUCAAACACAAGUACGACUGGGCGCGACACGAGCAGUCACUACAUCUGAGUACAAUGGAGUGGCAAUGUGCGCCCCACGGUGGAUCUGUCGUGCUUUCCACUGGCCGGGCUCACUGUGCCUACUGCAGCGCACUGGAUCCAAGUGCAGAACAUCUGGAACAACACAACCACAGUGCCUGUCAUAGCGAGUUGGCUGCACCACGAUCGUUCCGACGUAAAGAUCACCUCGUCCAGCAUCUCCGCUUGUUCCAUGAAAUAGAGACAUUACCUCUUGUGGAAGACUGGAAAGUGAACCUGCCACCAAUAUCCUCACGUUGUGGGUUCUGCAACGCAAACAUGAGUAGUUGGGACGAGCGUGUCAAUCAUCUGGCUGCACAUUUCCGGGAACGCAAGACAAUGGAUGACUGGACGGGCGACCACGCGUUCGAUGCAGCCACGACAGCCCGUGUUGCUUAUGCCCUGCCACCAUAUCUCAUAGCAAACGACUCGAGGAGUUUGGUCCCUUUCAGUGCCACCGACCCCGCGUCGAGGGAUCACUUCCUGCAGCUGACCUCGCGCCUCGACCAGGAGAGACAGCUUACGGCCCCAGACAUCCAGAAUCAGGCCUCCGCAGUAAACCCUGUGGCGUUGCCGAUAAUGAUGGAGGAUGACACACUGAUGUUCGCUGAUGUUCUAGCCCAACACCUUAGUCAAUUUGCGCGCAAAAACAUCUUAAGAGGUAUAAUGCCUACGGACGAGAUGUUCCAGCGUGAGGCCAGAAGAGUCGCUUUUGGUGAUGAGGAUGGUUGGAACCAGACACUAGCAGACAAUCAGGAGUGGCUGAAGAGCUUCAAGGAACAGGGCUGGCUGGAUCAAGCGGCACAGCUUCGUCUGGUCUAGAACAUGGGGAUGGUCAGCUGUCCUCAGUCAUCUCCAAUUGAGCAUGUACUCUGUGUAUUAUACCGUGGUGGGCAAUCGCUGUGUCUCAUUUGGGAAGAAUCACGCCGACAUGUGUCUUAGUCGGUGCAACCUUAGUGUCACGUU